UCCAACAUUGCAAACAGUAGAUUUCAGCCUGCCUUCCGGCUUGCAUGUGUUUCGCUACCUUUUCCGAUUCUUCCGUUUUAUCUCGCUGCAGGUUUUUCACUCCCGAUUCAUUUUGUGCGUUUUUUUAAUUUAAUUGCGGAUUAUCCCACUGUGCUUUAUUGAUGAACUGGUGUUAAGGCUAACUUAUGUAGUUUAUUGUGUCUCUCAACUGGUUCUUGUUUCUCCAAUUGUGACAAAUAAUAAAUACAAAUUGAAAAAAAAAAUAAUACAGAGUGCAGAACAAGAAGGAAAAGAGUGGAAUUUUGUGUGAGUUCUGAAGAUAAAGAAAUCAUUUGUGAAACAAACACUUGUUACCCCAUGUACUGAGGAAAGAGCAAAUAUAGAGCCUCUAUCAGCUUCGAGGAGUUUAGUCUCAUGGGGACAUGUUCUGAAUAUUAUCAAUUAUGCAACACAAUCUAAUAUGUGAACAGCCACUAAUAUUAAUAAGGCACUGUGAGAAUAGAGUGAAAACUUUGCACAACUCUCAAUGGUUCUUGGAUGGUGUAUCUUCAAGAGUGGUGUUCUCAAAGUCACACAUUCCAUCUUCCAUGAUAUGAAUAAUUUUGUGAAAUUUGUGCUCAGUGUCUACAAACACUUAAAGUGAUCACUUUUAACACAAAACCCUUUUCAAAGUGCUUUUCUUUUUCCUUUUGGAAGAGAUUUAUGGGAUGAGAAAUGUGCAAGUGGAAAUAUUGCAAUAUUGCAAGGACAAACACUUUUUUCACUGCAAGAAAUGAUUUUAAUUAUCAUUAAGCACAUCUUCUUCGACGAUUUAUUGGAUAAAGUUCUGCAUGUAUUUCCAUGAUUGUGCUUUGGAUACCAAUUUAACACAAAAUCACUGUCCAUUGGAAACGGUGACAAUAUGGGAAUCUGCAAUUUCCGAUCUUGGAUUUUUGUGAUUACACUAUUGAUUGCAUUCGUAAUCCAAGUUUCCUCUUCUGGAUACUUUGAAUUACAAAUCCUGGAAAUUUCCAACAGAAACAAUCAAUUGUUGACGGGAUAUUGUUGUGGUAUUCCAAUGGAAAUAAGAGCUUCACGACUAAAUGGAUGUCCUCCUUGUGCCACAGCCUUUCGAUUGUGUUUAAAGGAAUACCAGAGUUCGCAGUUAACCACCAAAGGAUCCCUAAGUGGAUGUUCAUUUGGAAAUGCUAGUACAGCUGUUUUAGGUGGUUCUAGCUUUGUGCUCUCAGAUCCAGAAAUAAGUUCAAUUGUUCUUCCAUUCUCCUUUCGAUGGACGAAAUCCUUCACUUUGAUACUGCAAGCACUGGAUUUGUACAAUGUAUCCUAUCCAGUUUCAGAACGAUUAAUCGAGGAGACAACCUUUUCCGGAGUUAUAUUUCCAUCACAAGAAUGGCAUACGCUUAAUCCUAAAGGAAAGAAUGCUAACAUCACUUACAGGGUACGAGUUCAGUGUGAUCCUAAUUAUUACAACACAACUUGUACGACAUUCUGUCGACCACGAAAUGAUCGAUUUGGUCACUAUACCUGUGGCGAGAAGGGUGAUAAAGUAUGCCUGCCCGGCUGGCAAGGUGUCAAUUGCGAAAAGGCAAUCUGCAAACCCGGCUGUGACCCGACUCAUGGGAAAUGCGAUAAACCUGGAGAGUGCGAGUGUCGUCCGGGUUGGAGAGGACCCCUGUGUUCAGAAUGCAUGGUUUAUCCGGGAUGUCGUCAUGGAUAUUGCAACGGCAGCCCGUGGCAGUGCAUUUGUGACACAAAUUGGGGAGGAAUUCUUUGUGAUCAAGAUCUUAAUUACUGUGGAACCCAUGAGCCUUGUAUGCAUGGAGGAACAUGUGAGAAUACAGCACCAGAUCAGUACAGAUGCACAUGUGCUGAAGGGCUAUCUGGAUUACGAUGCGAAAUCGUGGAGCACCCAUGUGCUACUCAGCCUUGUAAAAAUGGUGGCACGUGCACCCUUCGGGAUCCUCAAAAGUAUGAUACGACCAAGAAUUUGAGCUUUAAAGACUUAACACCACCCACGGCGGUCACGGUGCGAAGAAUGCGCGGAAUGAGCUCAAUGGGUAAACCCGCCAGGAGCAAUCCGAGAUCAAUUGAAAAAGAUCAUCUACCGCCCAGAUCUCCGGUUAAAAAUCCACCUGCACCCCCUGUCAAUGACUUCAUCUGUACCUGUGCCCCAGGAUGGACAGGACCGACGUGCGAGACAAAUAUUGACGAAUGCGAAGGAGGACCAUGUGAACAUGGGGGCACAUGCAUUGACCUAGUGGGUGGAUUUCGCUGUGAAUGUCCACCUCAGUGGAGUGGUGACUUAUGUCAGACGGAUGUGGAUGAAUGUGAAUCGAAUCCAGCAUCACCUCUUGGACCGUGUAUCAAUGCUGAGGCAUGCGUUAAUACACCGGGCGCAUUCCGAUGUUUCUGCUUGGAUGGCUGGACAGGAGCGACAUGCGCAAAAGACAUUGACGAUUGCAUAGGACAAUGCAAGAAUGGAGCUACUUGCAUUGAUCUAGUAAAUGACUACUAUUGUGCCUGCGCUUUGGGCUACACAGGACGAAAUUGUGAAACUGACAUCGAUGAAUGUGCCAAUACACCGUGCAGAAAUGCUGGGGAAUGUGUGGAUAUGAUUGGGACUUUUAAGUGUAUUUGUCCUGUGGGAUAUUCUGGAACAUUGUGCGAGGAAGCUAAAGAUUACUGCACGCCAUCGCCAUGCGUUGAGGGACAGUGCCUGAACACACCUGGUGGUUACUACUGUCACUGUCCAGCAGGACGCUCUGGUCGCCACUGCGAACUACCGAGGGUCUCAUGCCAGAAUCCUCCGUGUCAUGAUUCUAGCUGUACGCCACCACAGACAAAUGCCACAGAAUUAUCAAUUCCCUGCAGCGGCAAUGGACAGUGUGAAACAUUUAUGAAUGGACUAUUUUGUGUUUGUCAAACUGGAUAUACGGGUCACUUUUGUGAACACAAUCUAAAUGAGUGCACGCCUAAUCCUUGCAAUAACGGCGGGAUUUGUUUUGACGGAGUUGGAGACUUUACAUGUGAAUGCAUGUCUGGUUGGUCAGGCAAAACUUGUUCAGAGAGGAUAACUCAGUGUAUGCCGGGUCAAUGCCUAAAUGGUGGAACAUGCGUCAUUACACUGUCCAACUCUCAGUGUUUAUGCGCUAGUGGCUGGGGUGGUCCCUUCUGUGGAGACCCCUUGGAUCAGUGCCAGGGUCAGCCAUGUCACAAUGGCGGGAUUUGUGAAUCCGGACCCGGAUGGUUUAGGUGCGUUUGCGCCAUGGGAUUCUCAGGACCUGACUGCAGGAUCAAUGUCAAUGAAUGCUCCCCCCAACCCUGCUUAGGGGGUGCUACUUGCCAAGAUGGAAUUGGGGGCUUUACGUGCAUUUGCCCUCCCGGAAGACAAGGAAAUCGUUGUGAAAUCCUGCUGUCGGAUCCAUCUUCCGUCUGUUACAAUUCCUCUACACUUUCACCGUACAAUCCGCUAAUUGUAUCCCCCGUGGCGGACCAUAUGAUUAACAACUCCAAGCAAAUAGUCUUGGAUGAAACCAACUGCAACAGUUGCAUGUGCCUCAAUGGAAAGCCCAAGUGUACCAAUAUUUGGUGUGGCUUGCCAAAUUGCUCACGAUCAACGAAAGGGAAUGUCUCAAUGAGUUGCAGCACCCAUGAAGUUUGUGUUCCUGCCCUACUGGAAACCUGCCUAUCCCCGCCAUGUGAUCCACGUGGGGAUUGUCGAGCUAUUGAACCAUCACGACGAGUUGCCCCGCCAAAACUUCCCGCUCCCAUUGACUGUUGGCCAAAUCAGGCUGUUCUGGGUGAUCAAUGUUCACGAAUCACCAUUCUGAUGGACCCUAAGCACAUUCCACAGGGGACAACAGUUGAGGGAGUUUGCUUGCGCCUAAGGCGACUUUUGGGACUUAAACUUAUUAAGGCACCACAAUCAGAAUCAUCGACAGCCUUCAUUGUCAUUCUCUGUGAUAUCAAGACUGGAAGCAACGAUACGAUAGAAGUUACACUGUCAUCUCCUGCAGGAGGAUCCACUGGAAGUACCGCAAUCAGGGACGCUAUUAAGAUCUUAGGGGAAGUCCUAUCACGCCAGGGGAGCAAUCUGAGUGGUUCCCGGUUGGACAAUCACGAGGCAGCCCCAUUGGUAGCCAUUGUGGAGGUUAAGGUGGAAACAGCCUUGAUAUCCAACGAGCCUAGUAGUUCGAAUUACUUAAUAGCCGUAGCCUGUGGUAGUGCAAUAGCAGCAUUGUGUAUAGGUGCCAUAGUUACACUGUUACUGAAGCAGAGAUUGUCUGGGCAGAGUGGAUCAGGUGUCAGUUUAUCCUCGACAGUCGAUACGAGUCGACAUGAAGAGGAGAAGUCCAACAAUUUGCAGAAUGAAGAGAAUUUCCGAAGAUAUGCAAAUCCCCUGAAAGGUAGUGCUAGUUCCCUGAGAGGAGCAAUGGAACUCAGCCUAAAUCCUGCACCUGAAGUAGCGCCAGUAAGCAUAGCAGGUCCAAGUGCCCUUCAUCGAUCCCAACCCCUUUUUCCAUCGUGCGAUCCUGAUUUUAGCGAAAAGGACUCUGACAAUGCAAGUGGACACAGAGGAUCCCAGAAUCUCCUGUUCAAGGCCCAGAAUCCCGAAGUUCGCAAGAAUACCUUUGAGACUUUUGAAAAUUCUCACAAAGACUUUGGGAAAAGGGCAAUUAAUUGCCAAGCACUCCCUCCAGCUACUAAUCUCCUGCCCGCCGAUUCAGAUGGGCUCACAGUUCAUGUCUGAAGAAGUGCUCUAAGUUGAUCCUACGCUUAGUUAGACAAGACACCCCUCAAUUCUGAGAUAGAGGAACCUAAAAGACUUAUCACAGAAUCCAGGGGAAGAUUACAAUUUUUCCUUUGCCCACUUGACUAGAAGCAUAAAUUAUGUUUAUUUGCCAAUCAAGUUGCCAUUUACUUCCAUAUUUUUCCGAUUUUUUUUUUGAAAAAAAAACUUUAAAAUAAUAAAAAAAAAAUAUAAAUAUGAAUUAAUUUGCUGAGAAAACUGUUAAACGGAAAAGUGUGAUAUUACAAAUAUUUUUUUAUGGAAGAAAAACAAAUUGAAAAAAUAAAUUAUUGUAAAUAUAGGUGAAAAAAAUGUAAUAAAUUAAAGAAAAAUAGUGGAUAAUAUUUUGAAAAAAUAAUUUUUUUAGUAAAUUAUUAGACGUAAAAUUAGAAAUUUAAUUGUAUUAUAUUGUGUAGUGAUUGUAUUUAAUGAAGAAAAAGAAAAAAAACAAUGCUUGUGAUGAAUUUAUACAUUUAAAAAACUUUGAACAUUUGAACAAGGAAAAAUAAAUUAGCCAUAUUUUAGUACUUAAAAGUGAUAGCUUUAAAAUGCUAAAGCGCUAUGACACAUUCAACAUCAACUAUGCAACAGGGUUUUUGGGUACGGGGUCUUUGCUAUUUUCUUUUCAGGUUGCGUCAUUUCCAGGAAGGAAUUUGCGCCCGUAAUCUAAGCAAAUCCGUUUUGCCGGUUUUUGAUACUUAAAUGAUCAUAAUUCGGAUUCUAGUGAACCAAUUUUGAUCUUUGUAGAGAAAAAGUUGUAGGCCUUUGAGUGGCCGACAAUUUUCUAGAACUCGUGAAUUUCCUAAAACCGACAC